AUGUGGGUUUACGUCUGCCUGGCCGCUCUGGUUGCAUCGGCAUUAGCAAACACUGAAAAGGCCAUAUUCCUCGGCCCACAGGCCAUAACCAUACCAACAACCCACCCUAACCUGGAUGAUCUGCGUAUAGUCACCAUAACACCACAGAAUUGGACCAUCCGCACGCAUGUCAAUGCUCAGUUCCCUAGUGACACGGCCAGUUUCGGCAAAGCCACCUGGCUAGUCCUGGAUGAACUAACUGAAGGCCAGCGGUAUGAACUGAGGGUUUGCUGGGCUGCCACUCAACCCACGGCGUUCCGUAUCAACACGUACGACCUGGAAACGGUCUUUGGAACCCCAGAACUUGUCACAGAACUAUCCGAGUACGCAUGGUCGCAGCAGCCCACAGAUGAGGAUGCCAGCUUGCCAAGUCCUGACUCGUCGAGGGCUGUUGCGACCAAGGAGAGGGAUGCGUCGGUCCUCCUGUUACAGAUCAUGGCCGCUGCCGACUAUUUCACAACAAACCAAACCUUGAUGAAUCAUGUACCUCCUGUAUUUGUGGAUAUCAUUCUAGACCCAUACAUAUUCAACCUGCUUCCACAGUCCUUGGUGCCGACGGUGGGCUACAUCGUCAUUGUGGCCAUCGUCUCCUGGUUUCUCGCGAUGCGAAUUUCGUCGUGGAUCCGUGAUGCCGCGACAGCGUCAGAUCAGGCCAGGAAAGACCAGUGA